AUGUGCCAGUCAUGUUGGACGGCACUUCGCAAAAAAGGGGCCAUAAAAGCCAUAACGGAGUGGGCACAACUGUGUCCCUGGACACAGGUCUUUGCCUCGACUUUGAGAUCCUUUCGAAUUACUGCCUCGCUUGCAGUAUACACAAGGACAGAGGUAGUGAUGAAGAAAUAUGGGAAGCCUUCCACCGCCAUGUGUGAAAAAAACACGGAAUGUUCAUCCCAUGCAAUGGAAUCUGAAGCAGCAGUGCGCAUAUGGCAGAGGAUAUUGUUAUGCAAUACCCCACUGCACUUCACAAAUUUUUUGAGUGAUGGCGACAGCAAGGCCUACACUGCUGUCUGUGAGGCAAAGGUGUAUGGCAAUACUGUCAUUGAAAAAGAAGAGGGCACCAACCAUGUUUCAAAUAGCCUAGGCACCGCUUUGCGAAAAAUGGCAACACCACUGCCACAAGGGAAUCUCAAAGUCACAGCCAUUCAGAAGCUGCAGACAUAUUAUCAAAUAGCUAUAACAAAUAAAAAGGGCAGUGUCCGCAGCAUGUACAAUGCUUUAUGGGCCUGCUAUUUUCAUUCUUGCGCCAGUGAUGGAGCUAGUAGCCAUAAAUUUUGCCCUGCUAGACCAGACUCGUGGUUUAAGCAUAGGCAUGCUGAAGCACUGAGGGAGCCUACACCAGGCCACAUUCCCUUGUUGACUAAAGCAAAGGGCUUGGCAAUUAUGCCUAUUUAUAAGUAUCUUAUACCGUGCCCGUGUGACACCGGUAUUACUUAUGAGAGGCUCCUGGCUCAGUGCCUCCAUGAAAAGACGCAAAACGCAGCCGAGUCACUCAACAGUAAAAUAUGUCUGCUGUAUCCGAAAACAAAAUUUCUAACCCGGACAUCUGUGGAGACAGCCACAGCUAUUGCCGUGCUGUGUUAUAAUGAAGGCCAUGCUAGCUUUGAGCAUGUCCUACAAGAGAUUGGAGUACUUCCUCCAGAAGAGUUGGCCACGUACACUGACCGUUGCGAUGACCUGCGCAUAAAGAAAAUGAACUUGAAGCUUACGGCAAAAGCAAGGGCACACCGCCGAAGUGUAGUAAAAAGGGCUCGCACCAAGGAGACCAACCGUAAGAGCUGUGAAGGGCCAAGCUACAGUGCGGGAGGGCUCUGA